CGAUUUUAUUAACUUUGUUUAUUAGUUUAUCGACAGAAUCACUCAUAGGGAGAAUAAGUUCUGGUUCAUGUGCGAAUAAAGGGCUAUGAAGAGAAUAAAGAAGUAGUUUUGAAAGUAAUUAGCUUCUAUCAAUUCAUAUUUUCAUCGAUCUUCAUCACUUCUCUCUGGAUUCCGCACGCUGAUUGAUCAAUCAAGAAGGAGCAGAAUGAGUAGUCAAGAGCUGCCAAAGAAAAGAGUGGCAUUUGUGCUGAUAGAUGGGCUGGGGGAUGUGUCGCUGCCGAGGCUUGGAUACAAGACUCCUCUUCAAGCAGCGAAACUGCCUAACUUGGACGCCAUUGCGUCAGCUGGAAUCAAUGGACUAAUGGACCCUGUUGAGGUUGGCUUGGCUUGUGGAAGUGACACUGCACAUCUUUCCUUGUUGGGUUACGAUCCUAGAGUUUAUUACCGUGGUCGAGGUGCAUUUGAGUCCAUGGGGGCUGGAUUGGCCAUGUCACCUGGUGAUAUUGCUUUUAAGUCAAAUUUUGCAACACUUGAUGAGAAAACUGGAAUAGUCACCAGUAGGAGGGCUGACAGGCACUUCGAAGAAGAAGGCCCCAUACUUUGUGCUGCCCUUGACGGAAUGAAGCUGCCAUCUUUCCCUCAAUAUGAAGUUAGAGUCAGGUAUGCAACAGAACAUAGAUGUGGAGUGGUUGUCAAAGGACCAAAUUUGAGUGGAAAUAUUUCAGGAACAGACCCAUUAAAGGACAACCGCCUACUUUUGAAAGCCGAAGCUUUAGACGAUUCUGAUGAAGCAAGAAACACAGCUGAUGUCGUUAAUGAAUUGUCCAAGGAAAUAACAAAAAUAUUGGUUUCUCAUCCUGUGAAUGUUAAACGUGCCACAGAAGGGAAGAACAUAGCAAAUGUAGUCCUUUUAAGAGGUUGUGGCAUUCGAAUUGAGGUUCCUCCAUUUAUAAACAAACAUGAUUUAUGGCCUUGCAUGGUUGCUCCCACAAAAAUAAUUGCUGGCCUGGGUUUAUCACUUGGUAUUGAUAUUCUAGAAGCUCCAGGAGCCACCGGAGAUUAUCGAACUUUACUAACUUCAAAAUCAUCAGCAAUAGCUAAGGCUCUCUCAGCUCCUUUGCAAUCUUGCCCCCGAGUUUUUGUACCUGGAGAGGAUGAGCACAAAGAAGGCCGGUCGGAUGGCUAUGACUUUGGAUUUCUUCAUAUCAAGGCAAUAGAUGAUGCAGGCCAUGACAAAGCUAGCAUUCUCAAAGUCAAAGGAUUAGAAGCUGUAGACACUGCAGUAGGGCAGUUGGCAAGGCUUUUGUGGGAAGCAGAAUCAUCAGGAAAAUUUCAGUUUUACCUUUGUGUCACAGGUGAUCACUCUACUCCAGUAGAGUAUGGAGAUCACAGCUUUGAACCGGUUCCAUUCACGAUGUGUCGGUUGAGAGACUUCGUUGGUGCGAUUGGCGAGUCCACCAUUCAAACCACUUCUCUAGACCCUUUUCCUAUUCCCAGUGUUGUGCCUGGUGAGGACUUGACCAAUGAUUUGGAACAAGAAGAGAGAAAAGAGAAAUGUUCCGAGUCUUAUGGCGGCGAUUCAGUUUAUGAGCUGAAUGAAUUGGCAGCUGCAAGGGGAUGUUUGGGACGUUUUCCUGGAAGUGAAAUGAUGGGAAUUAUAAAGAAAUUCAUCAGCAUAGAUGUGGUAACUGCAUAACUAUGAAAUUAAGAGUGUUGUGGCAGUUAAUAUUGUUCUAAUAGUCCCAAGACUUUUCAUCUUUUUUUUGUUACCUAAAAAGCAAGUGCUUUCAGUGUACAACUCAUCAAAUUUUUAACACUACUACUAUUAAUAGAAUUGUGUAUCAAUGUUGUUUUCCUUUCUGGAGA